UGCCAAAACGUCUUUGUCUAAGUGUCAUUUCACAUUUAUUCGGAGGACACUCUAAGGCCCAGGAAGGAUUGGGCUUUCAAAAUAGAAUAAAGCAAAGCGCGAUCCGGAAGAUGAUCAUCUGACGGCUUUAAGUGUUUCAUAAACGCUUACUGCAAUCGUUACGAGCAGUCAACAGGCAGAUGUUUACAGGAUUUUAUCAGGAUAACGACGUUUAAGCUGCUCAGGAUCACAUACAAUGUUUAGAGUGUUCUUUCUGUGUCUUUAGGAGGAUGGACUAAAAAGUGACAGCAUUCGUAAUUUUGUGCCCGGGCUGCCGUACCAAGACGAUGGCCACACGGAUUAUAUUAUUCCUAGUAUUAUUGCUUCUGAUCAGUGCAGUCUUACCGGCUCUCGGUACGAACGAGACAUUGACAUCAGCAAGUCCACUGAACGGACAGAUACAUGCACCAUCGUGGGCACAGAGUCGAACGAUAACAGCACAUGCAGAAAUAAGGAAGCUGGACAACCUUUAAAGCCGGCUACUAAGUACACAAUUACAAUAAAAAGAGUCAUCAAUGAUAUACCGAAGAAGACAAAUCUUAUUGACAGAGAAAAAUGCACUGGUAUGAACCCAAUAGAAAAUGCGACGAUCAGGCUGACUCAGCAGGAACGCUUGAGGUUUACUUGGGAAAAUGACUGUAAAUGGUGUACAUUUAAAUGCUUUCUUUAUUUCGGAGAGAAAUCAACUGAGACAAAAGGAACCCAAAUGAAUUGCGAAUUUGACGAGUUUCCUUACGGCGCAGUCUACAACCUCACAAUUCAGGGAAACGGUACUGGCGAAUGCAGGAAUGCUUCCACUUCCAAACAAAUCUCUAACGUUACAGCUUCAACAAUGAACGACAACUCCCAGUGGAAAAAUCACACCGGAAUGCAUUGCAUCGUGGAGAAACUAAAAGCGUUCUGGUUGUAUUCGGCACAAGUCAAAGCCAAAACGAGCGAAGGCUUUAGCAUCUCGAAGCUUUCCAAACGCUGCCUGACUGAAGAAGGAGUCCCUUCACCAGUGAACUUUACAGCAACGCUGUCGGACAAGAAUUCAAAGGUUGUUGUCCGCUUUUCUGAACUUGCUCCAAUAGAGCGGCGACAGCCAGUACGCUUUUACUUCGUCAAUAAGACAUUGGAUACCAGAAAGGGCGACCUCGAUUACUGCGAAAAAGAAGUUAGGCCGUUUAAGGUAACAACAGGACGGGACCAGACUUCAGGGGGAAACAAGGCUUUUAACACACAAUCCAUAUCAGUACCUAUUCGGAAGCCUAGACCAUGGAAUGUGGCUAAAGACGGCCCCCUCGUCAAAGAAUCGAACUCGAAACCAACGAAAAAUUCCCUCACCUUUCUCGCUAGCAGUGAUUUUUUCAAGAAAAGCAGCAGCGGACCAAUCGCCUCCACAGGAUUUGUUGUGUCUCGAAUCCGAGUGAAAGCAGUUCGAGUGUCUAUCGGCAGCAACACUAAAAAGGACGAAUGUCUAAAUUCAAAAAAUUCUCAGAAUUUCAAAUGCAAUGGCCCCCUCAGAAAAGGAACUACCUAUCACGUCAACGGUUUUGCCUGUACGACAGCAGGCUGUCGAGAGGCUCACCUUUAUACAGGACAAACUGCAGACGAAGAUGUCCAGGAAGAAAAACUAAAAAAUGCGAUCAUCGGAUCAUCUGUGGCCGUUGUUCUUGUUAUAAUCAUAGCUGUUCUGGUUGUCGCGUUGUUCUACAGAUCGAUGAAACGUGAGACGGCAGAGAUAACAAAUCGAAGCCCCACACAGUUCCAGCUGAAACCAUUUCCUAAUCUGUCCAAACGCUGACAGCAUUGUUCUACUAUCUGAGCAGAACGGUGACCCUGCUACCACUUAUAUCAACGCAAACUUUAUCCCAGGUUACAACGACGAGCGUGAGUACAUAGCUACCCAGGCGCCCCUACCCAACACCGUGGCUGACAUGUGGAGGUUGAUUUGGGAGAGGGACAUCAGCAUCAUCGUCAUGCUCACCGCCAUCAGAGAAGGAAAAACGAACAAAUGCGAGCAGUACUGGCCCGAAGUCAGAGGGACAAAAUCCCAGUACGGGGAUAUCCACGUGAGAAACAUCUCCGUGUCCUCCAUCAACAACUACAACAUCACCAUCUUCUCGCUGACUCACGACAAGGUGGAUGGGGUGGUAAAGGAGGUGAAACAUUUCCAUCUCUUGACCUGGAGUGACCACAGUGCUAACGUCCCCCCUCCCUGUCUGGUGCAGUUCGCCGCUGACGUCAGAUCCCACGUGACCCCGCACACAAACAAGCCUGUUCUUGUGCACUGCAGAAACAGUACGCACUCAUUCACGAAUGUGCCGCAUUCAUGAUGCAGCGAAGACGCAAGCAAGAGGAAGAAGAGGGAGUAGGAGUAGGGGAAGAAGGAAUGGGCGAGAAAAAGGAAGAGAAAACAAAAGAGGAUGAGGCCAUCAUCAUCAACGACAGUGACAAUCAGGUACUCGUCCAGAGUGAGGUCACCAGUUCAGACACCGCAGAGACGAGACAAUAGCAAAAAACCCAAACCUAUCUAAGUCCUAAGCGAAUCCUGCCUUGUCCAGGAGGAACAGUAUUCACUGUCACAACGUCAGUGGUCUUCUCUAAAAGAGAAUGUUGUUGUUUUUUAAGUUUUAUUUUUUCUUCCUUUUUUGUCAAACAGCACAUAGAUCAAUAAUGAUCUUUUCUCUCUUCAGAUGAAUACUUAUCAUGAAAAACUAUAAGUCUUACAAAAUACCCAAAAAUAAACUGUUGCAAGAACCAUCGAUACACCAUUUAUGCAGAUGAUUGAAAGGGGUCAAUAGUAGGAUGUACUUUUUUUCAUGAUAUUGUAACUUACUAUCUGUUUUAAGUUUCCUCUACACUAUAUGCCCGUUGUCACAUCGAUGUGUUUCUCUUUUUUUCAAAGACAAAACCACAUGUCGUUUAUCAUUCAUCAUCAUCAUCAUCAUCAUCAUCAUCAUCAUCAUCAUCAUCAUCAUCAUCCUCAUCAUCAUCAUCAUCAUCAUCAUCAUCAUCAUCAUCAUCAUUAUCAUCAUCAUAGUCAUCAUUAGUAAGCUUCAAUUUACCUAAGAGGGGCGCAGAAGAAACAAACUCCAAUUGAAUCGCCUACUGUAUGACGAUGUGAACAGCGAAGACUUCACCAUGAAAAAGCUGGAGCGUGCCAUAAUACAAAUGAAGACAAGAAGUGCUCCUGGACCUGAUGAUAUACCACCAUCUUUCCUAAAAGAGCUUGGCCCACUACUCAGUCAAUCAUUUGCGCAGCAAGUUCAGUGAAACCACAGCCACAA